UGUUGAAUAUGUCAUCGUGGAUCAGAUAUCACCCCCAAGUUCUUCAAUUUUGUCUGUGACUCCAGUACAGUGUCAUCCACAGAUAAGGAUACUGCAUUGGUGUGCCAAGAAGCAUGACUUCUGUCUUGUCGCAGUUUAAAUGAAGGAAAUUAAGCAGCUGGGGGCGACACAGACACAAACCCAGCAGAGACUACAGGAGAGAGAGAAGGAACUGCAGGAACUGAGACAGGCUGUGGAGUCACUCAGAAGCUCUGCACACACAGCAGUACAGGACACUGACAGGAUCUUUACUGAGCUGAUCCGCUUCAUUGAGAGAACACGCUCUGAGGUCACACAGCUGAUCAGAGCUCAAGAGAGGGCUGCAGUGAGUCAGGCUGAAGGACUUCUAGAGCAACUGGAGAAGGAGAUUACUGAGCUGAAGAGGAGAGACUCUGAGCUGAACCAGCUCUCACACACAGAGGAUCACAUCCAUUUCCUCCAGAAUUUCCAGUCUGUCUGUGUCCCUCUUGGAGCUGGAGACUCACCCAGCAUCCCUGUCAGUCCACACUUCUCUCCUGAGGCAGUGAGGAGAGCUGUCUCUGGACUGAAAGAGCGACUGGAGGAUCUCUGCAAGAAGGAAUCAAUAAAGAUUUCCACAACAGUGACUGAAGUCUACAGUCUGCUGACUCCAGAGCCCGGGUCCAGAGCAGAGCUUUUACACUAUCCUGUGAAGCGAGUUCCUCUACCUAAAUCACAGUGGCAGUGGCUGUGCAGUGCUGCAGCUGUUGUGACUCUGGACCCAGAUACAGCUCACUGUGAGCUCAGCCUGUCUGAGGAUGGGAAGAGAGUGAGAUGGGGACAGAGGAAGAGUCUCUCUGACAAUCCUCACAGAUUUGAUCUCUAUCCCUGUGUUGUGAGCAGGGAGGCCUUCACCUCAAGGAGACACUACUGGGAGGUUGAGGUGAAUCGAUACUGGAGAAUAGGAGUGACCAGAGAGUCAGCAGAGAGGAAAGGAUGGAUCAGCUCCUCUCCCCAGCAGGGUUACUGGUGUCUGGACUCUUACCUGUCUGUUUUCUCUGCUCUCACUGCCCCUGUGAUCCCUCUCCCCCUCAGUCUGUGGCCCAGGAAGCUGGGGGUGUGUGUGGAUAUUGAGGAGAGGAAGGUCUCCUUUUACACAGUGGAGUCCAGAGCUCAUCUCUACACUUUCACUGACAUGGUCUUCGCUCAGGGGGAGAAGAUCUAUCCUGUCUUCUGUACGGAGGAUUCAGAUAAAGACCUUGAGCUGCUGCCUGCUGUCAGUUUGGAGAUUAAUCCCGUCACUGACUCAUGAACACAGGCUGACUCUCUCCCAGCUCUCUGACCUACUGCUCAUAUUGGGAGACGGGUUUACUGAAAGGUAGUAAGAUGAUGUAAUAAAUAUAAU